GGUCAUAAAUGUUUAGUGCGCCCCUAGUGGUCACAAGCGUAAUUACAACGACUGGACCCGACUUCGCACUCGCACGUUUGACUCCAUCUACAGCCGUCACGGCCAAGCAAGGAUCUACCACUCCACAAUAUGUCGAAAUUGCUGAAUUUGAAGGUGGAAGACCCAUCAUGCCUCUGGGCUCAGUUGGCGGGAGAUGGCGGCGUGGGGGCUGUUAGUAAAGAGCAGUACGACGAGCUGUUUGAUCAAAUGAAUCUCUUCUACAGCGAUGUCACCAGGGACGUGGGUAAAGUGAUAACCUCUUCCUUGGAGGUGGGACAGGUGUGUGUUGUGUAUUGGUCCCAGAUGAAGAAGUGGUGUCGGGCCCUGCUGGAGGCCAUCCUUACGGACUCAAUGGCGUGCUACGCACGCUGUUACUUGGUUGACCACGGAGAGCUGCUUGUUGUCCUUCUUCGGCAGAUCCGGUUGGCCGAGAAGGACUUUCUCCAGCUGCCGUACUGGAUGAGGAGAUUCCACCUGGCCAGGGUCAAACCAACAACCCUGCGCGUGUCUUUCUGUGAGAAGGCCAAGCUGGUCACGUCCAGUCGGUGGGACAGCUCAGCGACGUGCUACAUGUACAACCUGAUCCAAGCAUCCAGUCAGACGGAGGCCAUGUUGCUGGAGGACGAGUCCCACUCGACCGCCAUCGAGCUUUACGUGACCAUCAAAGACUCAAAGAUUUGUGUGAAUGAUGAACUUGUGGAGAGGAGCUAUGCUGUUUAUGACUAUGAGUCAGCUGACAGUCGCAAGCUGGACCAACUGGACCUACAGUUUGUCAGGUUUUCAGGCGACAUUCUAACUUCAACAACCUGUGAGCAUGUGUACAAGCCCCCAGCACGAACCCAGCUUCUUCCAGAGAAGAAAAUUCUGCCUCCUCCUGGUGUGGACACAGAUAAAACCACUUCACACGCCGAUGUGGAAACUUUGCCUCCUCCUGCCGCUUACGCUGAUGUGGAAACUUUGCCUCCUCCUGCCGCUUACGCUGAUGUAGAAACUUUGCCUCCUCCUGCCGCUUACGCUGAUGUGGAAACUUUGACUCCUCCUGCCGCUUACGCUGAUGUGGAAAUCACACGCCCUCUAACUGCUUGCACCGAUGUGUCUCAGAGCCAAGACUGCGACCUAAAAACCUCAGAGGGAAGCAGCCGGUCAGAGAAUGGACCACAGCCUGACUGCACCCAAUCAAAAAGUGACUCAACAGAGGACUCGGAUGCCUCUUUGGCUGCUGCUUUUAACACAAAUCUCAGUCUGUUUAGGCUUAUGAAGUUUCUCAAUCCUGGCUGCAGCUUCAAAGAGGCGGAGCCAACUUUGAGUCACCAAGAGGAUCCGAUAGAAGAUUCUACCAGCUCGCCCAAUGGCUGCACGGGAGAGGAAGUCGAGUCACCACCAGACCAAUCCGAUGUGAUGAAGACCAGCAGCAACAACGACUGGGCGUGCUCGAGACUUUUGGAGUGGUUGAAUCCACAGCCUCUCAAGCUCCAUUCAGAAGAUGAAGAUGAGCAGAUUAUCUCCAGUGCUCCUAAGAGAAGUGACAUGCUGGUGCACUCAGCCCUCCCAUUGGAGCCGUGCACGGGCUUAGAUGACGCACCCAUCACUGAUGGCCUCCGCACGUUGUUGCAGAGGAAGCGGUUUUGCCUUUCUCCUGCUGACCUCUUCAGCUGGCCUGCUGUGGCUCAAGGAAAUAACACCGUCGUCAUUUCCCAUGCUGGCGACCAACCUCGAAGCUACCUAGCACCCCUUCUCACUCACAUGCUGCUCAGCAGCUCCAUCUUGACCACCUCGUCCUCCAGAACAGGACCCGUAGCAGUCGUGUUGUGUCCUGGGUGGGAGAAAGUCCAGUUGGUGUGCGACCUGCUUGAGGAGAGCAAGGUUUCCCAGAGCCUCAGACCAUUCAGUGUGCUGCUGGGAACCACCAAAGACGAAGCUAAAUAUAUGAAGAUACCAAAAAACUCCCUGCUGUUAGUGACCACUCCCUUCAGUUUUGUUCGUCUGUUGUCAUGUCAUCGCUUCCUGUUCCUGCGUAUGGGUCACUUGGUGCUAGACGAGGCAGACCAGCUUUUCAUUCUCGCUCCAGAACAGAUGGAGUCCAUUUUGCAGCAUUUUCAGACAGUAAACUCCCGCAAGGAAAUGGCCUUGUAUCCGCAGCAGCUUGUUGCCGUGGCUAAGCGUUGGACAAGUCACAUGGAGGCAAUGGUAACCAACUACAUGCCCUACCCCUGCAUCACCAUAGCAGCUUCCGAAGAAGCAGCCCUUUAUGGCAACGUGCAGCAGGCUGUCCUCAUGACCUUAGAGAGCAACAAGAUCUCAGCGCUGUUGGCUGCGUUAGAUUUCAGGCCUGACGUCGGCCAGAAGACUUUAAUCAUCACCAACUCUGUUGAGGCGGUUGAAGACGUUUUUAAUGCUGUGAGCAGUAAAUCAGUGUUCUGUCUAAAGUCUCAUGGCGGUUUAAUUCACAACUUGGACUUUGUGGUCCAACAGUGGAGCAAAAACAUCGGGCCUGGGACUCACAUCAUUCUAGUCACCACCAGUGAGUGUCUGAGGUGUUUCGGGGUUACAGAUGCCACUUGUGUCGUCCACUUUGGCUUCCCGAGUUCACCCAAAUUGUUUGGAUGCCGACUGCUUUGCAUGAGCAGCAACUUAAGAAACCUCACAGAACCAGACUCAUCACAGGCCAGCUCCAGAGUCACCAGGUCUUUGCUGCUUGUCUCCGAGAAGAACACACGGCAUGUUAGCGCUCUUGUGCGCUACCUUAAGCGGACAAACGCUCUCCUGUCUCCAGAGCUGCUGUCAUUUGCCGAGAGCACAGAAACAGCCCGAGAGGAGCAGAAGACAGAGCGGCCACUCUGUCGCUACCUAAAGAGCUUUGGAGUGUGCAGGGCCAGCACUGUGUGUCCAGACCGUCACAGGAUCCUUCCUCAGCUGGAUGAAUCGGAUGUUCCCACUCCUGCUGUCAUACAGGUGUUGCCUCUCUACGUCAAGACAGCGUCAGUCUUUUAUGGACGUAUAAUCAGGAAAGAAGAUAGCACCUUUGACAGCAUGGCGGCCGACAUUGCCUCUGUCUAUGCUGACAAGAAACCUUAUCCUCAAGAGGUGCUGGAAGGAGGCUUGUAUGCAGUGCAGAAAAAUGACGUCUACCACCGGGUAAAGGUCCUAGCUACCCCCGACACGAAUGGCCAGCUGUUUUAUUGUGUCCGCUGUCUCUUUAUUGACAUUGGAAAAGAGGAAGAAGUCAAAUCCUAUGACAUCCUGCAGCUCCCAGAGAAGUUCCACUCUCUGCCCAGCCAGGCAGUGGAGAUGAUUCUCUGUCAGGUGAAGCCGAGUGAUGCAGAGGCGGACUGGCAUCCCAAGGUGACUAGAGCCAUCAGCCAGAAGAUCCAAGGUGUUCAGCACCGAGCCAGAGCUGUUUUAAGUCUUGGAAACACCAUCUUUUUUGAUUUAAUGGUUCGGGAGACUCACGUGCCCGGAAUGAAAACAGUCAUCAGUGAGUACAAUGUUCCCACGCUGAUUUUAAACACGGGAAUGGGAGAACGAAACCCGGAUCAUCUAGACCUGUUGAAGGGGUUGAGUCAGGACAAAGGUACCCACUGCAGUCAGGCGGAUCACUCAUCCGGGAACAAAGCUGAAGAACGAGUUCUGGUGGUGAAGAACCUUGAUGGUGCCGCACCCCCAGAUCCUCCCGAGUCUUUCCCGCAGCCUUCAGUUUGUGAUAUUGACGAUGCAGACAAGAAGACUGAUAUCCACACCACUGAUCUGAGUGGAACAGAAAGUGGAACUGACACCAGAACACACCAAGCUUCUCAUCUUAACCACAGCAGAGAUGGCGUUCCUGAUUGUGAUGACAAAAGAGACAAUCAGCAGAUCCUCAGUUGUCCUGGAGACGACAACAAUUAUACUACAAAAAGUCUGCACCCUCAGGUUCUGUGGUACCAGACGUCUGACUCGGUAACCGUCACGCUGAAGAUGAGGAACCCGCAGAGUCAGCGCUGUGACUUUCAUGCCGACCGUGUCGUGUACAGUGGCAGUGUGAAUGAGCGUCGCUACAGCGUCCAUUUGGACCUUCACGCCAACGUGGUGCCUGAGCGUUGCCGCUGGGAGCUCAAGUCCAACGAGCCCGUCCUCAGACUGACCAAACAGGAGCGGCACUCCUGGCCAACACUGCUCAAGAGCAAGAACAUUUUUGUGAGUUAUGACAUGGAGCACAUGGAGGAAGAAAACGACGAGUCCCCACAAGGUGAAUUCUUUUUGGGGGAAACAGGAGACGCCUGCUGUGUCGACUCGGACAGCAGCACAGACAGCGACUGAACCUGUGCUCUCUGUCACGAUUGACUGGACAGCAUAAAAUACUGCUCAUACCCUUACACACACACACACACACACACAUUGUGACUUGCUCAUGACAGGUACAAAUAAUUAUUUAAUCCUCUGUUGAUUUUGUAAAUUUCAACCCCUCACAAAUACCUGACAGUCCAGAUUUCUUUGGUAGUAAAUUUCAAAAUAUAGUAUAUAUCAAAUAUAGUAGAUACAGUUGGGGAAAUAAGUAUUUGAUGUUUACCGCCACAGAAAUAUAUAAACACUCCAGUUUUAAAGCAGGUUUAUUGUAAACGAGCAGGAAAGAAUGUACAACACAGUGGUACAUCAACUUACAAGUAAUUUGAGAUACAAGCUGCUUUUUGUUAUGCUUUAAGUUGCGAGCAUACUUAGUUACGGGCACAUACUUGGCCAAUGAAGCUGAUUCUGAUUUUAACCGUCAGUAAAUUUGUAACAGGGUUGUGCCGUUUAAGCAAAAAAUAGUAUAUAUAUAGUUAUACGGUGGUGAAAUGUGUCCUCUGCAUUUGACCCAUCCCCUUGUUCACCCCCUGGGAGGUGAGGGGAGCAGUGGGCAGCAUUUUUGGUGAUUUAACCCCCAAUUCCAACCCUCCCCUUGGUAGAAGAUGGAUGGAUUGAUGUAUUUACACGCCGAUGUUCAUGCUUCGUGUACAUACGUUUUUGAUUGAACAGUUGAGAAAGGCUUUUGAGCGCCACUCGCAGAUCGAUACAACCAUCGGAACUAAGAAAGUUAGUGCGAAGGAGAGGAAGCAGACUACCAAAUCAGAGAAACCGACCAAAAAAAUAAAUCCCCAACGGUUAGCAGAGUAUCCGGCAAGUCACCCCUGCCAAAGCAUCAGUUAGAUUUGCAAAGGCUGUGCAGCCAGCCACAAACAUCCAAGUGACGGACAUUUAUCCAUAAACAUUGAGAAGCUGCAGAUGCUGUGUUUGACGUGAUUUAGUUUGUUCUGUCUAAUCCUGACUCAACAAACUAGACAGACGAUUUCUUAGUUCUCGCAACCCCUGGAAUGAUAGAAUCUGCAGACUUGGAGGAUGUUCAUUCAGUUGUUUCAUUUUGUAGAAAAAAAAUCUGAUUCUCAAAUGGUAACUUUCUGGCUGUAACAAACACUGAAAUAAAUCAAGAAAAUAAAUUGUUAGUCGAAAAUAGUUACAUUUUUAGAUCAAGCAAAGUGAAACAAUUAUGGAUUAACUCAAUUCUGAAGAUAAAUUAUAGAAUCGUGAAAAACAUACGGAAUAAACCCCUACAACACACCAGUAGUACUUUGUUGCUCCACCUUUGGCUUUUAUAACAGCUUGCAUUCUCUGAGGCACGGACUUUACGAGUGACAAACAGAACUCUUCAUCAGUCUUGCUCCAACUUUCUCUCAUUGCUCUUGUCAGAUCAGCUUUGCAGGUUGGAGUCUUGUCAUGAACUGUUUUCUUAAAUUUCCACCACUUACAGUGCAUCUGGAAAGUAUUCACAGUGAUUCCCUUUCUCCACAUUACAGCCUUAUUCCAAAAUGGAAAACAUGUCCUCAAAACUCUACACACGAUACCCUAUAAUGACAAUGUGAAAGUUUUUUUUUUAAUUUUGCUAAUUUAUUAGAAAUAGAAAAUCACAUGAACAAAACCCAAAACCAGUGAAGUUGGCAUGUUGUGUAAAUAAAAACAGAAUACAAUGAUUUGUUGCCAUCCAUGCAACGUUAUCAUGGACACCCCUGCUUAUUUCAGCAAGACAAUGCCAAGCCACGUGUUACAACAGCGUGGCUUCGUAGUAAAAGAGUGCGGGUACUAGACUGGCCUGCCUGUAGUCCAGACUUGUCUCCCAUUGAAAUUGUGUGGCGCAAUGUGAAGCGUAAAAUACGACAGCGGAGACUCCAGACUGUUGAACAACUUAAGCUGUACAUCAAGCAAGAAUGGGAAAUAAUUCCACCUGAAAAGCUUCAAAAAUGUGUCUCCUCAGUUCCCAAACGUUUACUGAGUGUUGUUAAAAGGAAAGGCCAUGUUACACAAUGGUAAAAAUGCCCCUGUGCCCACUUUUUUGCAACGUGUUGCAGCCAUGAAAUUCUAAGUUAAUUAUUAUUUGCAAAAAAAAUUAUGUUUCUCAGUUCGAACAUUAACUAUCUUGUCUUUGCAGUCUAUUCAAUUGAAUAUAAGUUGAAAAGGAUUUGCAAAUCAUUGUAUUCUGAUUUUAUUUACGAUUUACACAAUGUGCCAACUUCACUGGUUUUGUACAUAAGUAUUUAAAGCCUUUGCUCAAUACUUCGUUGAUGCACCUCAGGCAGCCAUCUCAGCCUCAAGUCUUUUUGAAUACGACGCUACAAGCUUGGCACACCUAUUUUUGGGCAGUUUCGCUCAUUCCUCUCUGCAGCACCUCUCAUGCUCCAUCAGGUUGGAUGGUUGCUGCAUUCAUCUUUCCCUUUAUCUUGACUAGUUUCCCAGUUCUUGCCGCUGAAAACCAUCACCACAGCAAGAUGCUGCCACCACCAUGCUUCACUGUAGGGACGGUAUUUUCCGGGUGAAGAGCGGUGCCUGGUUUCCUCCAAACAUGACGCCUGGCAUUCAUGCCCAAGACUUCAAUCUUUGUCUCAUCAGACCAGAGAAUUUUGUUUCUCAUGGUCUGAGAGUCUUUCAGGUGCAUUUUGGCAAACUUUUCACCAAGAAAUGGCUUCGACCUGGCCACUCUACUAUACAGGCCUAAUCGGUGGAUUGCUACAGAAAUAAAGGUUUGCCUCUCUCCACAGAAGAAUGCUGGCCCUCUGACCAUUGGAUUCUUGGUCACCUUCCUGUCUAGACUAAGAUGAAUGCAGCAAUGCACAGAGACAUCCUGGAUGAAAACCAACACAUCCCAUCCUAACCUGAUAGAGCGUUCUGUCUUGAUGCUUUGAGGUUUUCCUUGGUCUACCAGUAUGAUUGCCCUUCUCUACCUUCCCACGUUGUUUGCACUUGGUCCACAUUUUACAAAAAUUUGAAUGUGAACAAUUCACAUCUUUUGCAACAUUUUACCUUCUCGAAGAAGUUUGGUAAUCCUUUCCUUUGUUUCAAUUGAUAGCUAUCGGGUUGUAGCCAUGAUUCAUGUCAAUCCACCUGCUGCAACAGCUCUCCAGGGUGUGGUUUUCACGCUGCUUUAUUUGAAAAAAACAACAACCUGUUAUUUAUUUUCUCGAUUUCAUUUAGUGUUGCUAAAGCCAGAAAGUUGCCAAUUGAAAUGACUAUAGAUUUGUGUUGGGCUUUAUGGCCACACAACCGCUCUUGUCAGGUUCCCAAUCAAAUACUUAUUUCUCCCAAUGUAUCAUUAUUUUAUUACUUUGUCUUUCUCCCUCUCUUAAAAUAAAUACUGGACUGUAUUUGCAAAGGCCUUUCUUCACUCCUCUUUAUUCAUUGCUUAAUCUUUGGCAGGCAAUUAUGUUCAAAUUCAAUACUUUUCCUUCUCACUUUUAAGAUGCUCAUGUGUUUGAGAGGCAGUGAUUUGUGUUCAUGUCACUCACUCUGGGGAGGCGUGGCUCGGUUGGUAGAGCGGCCGUGCCAGCAACUUAAGGGUUCCAGGUUCGAUCCCCGCUUCCGUUUUCCUUGUCACUGUCGUUGUGUCCUUGGCCAAGACACCAGUGCCACCCACACUGGUUUAAGUGUAACUUAGAUCAUGGGGUUCACUAUGUAAAGCGCCUUGAGUCACUAGAGAAAAGCGCUAUAUAAAUAUAAAUCCCUUCAUUCUGCUUUGAUUCAGGAGUUACUGAGGGGAAAUACUGUACAUUAGUUUAGAUACAGUACAUGUUUGUGGUCACAUGGCUGUCUUGUUUGGUUUGUUCUUUUUCGCUGCUUCUUUCAUUUGAGGUGUUUUCCAUGUGAUCCACUAUGAAAAAAAUAAAUAUAAAAAGCAACAGUC